CGGCCCCGCCUGGGGGCGGCCUCUCGGGGCAGCGGCGGCCAUGGCUGGCGGGCGCGCGGGGUGGCGGGGGCCGGCGGCGCUGGCGGAGCCGCGGCGGCUGAUGCGUGCAGGGCUGGGUCUUAUCGUGCUUGGCCACGGCAGCCUGGUGCUGGGUGCCAUCGUGCACGGCUCCGUCUUGCGGCAUGUGGCCCGCGCCAGCCGCUCUGUCACCCCUGAGUAUGCGGUGGCCAACGUCGUGUCCGUAGUCUCCGGGUUGCUGAGCAUCACUGCGGGCAUCGUUGCCAUCCUGGUGUCACACAACCUGUCCAGGGCAGCCCUGCAUUGGACCUUACUGAGUGUGUCCCUGUUGAACUGCCUGCUGUCCACAGCAUGCAGCGUGGGCCUGGCGCUAGCCAUUGCCCUCACAGUUCACAGCCGUGGCAUGCGCCUUGUCACAGGCUGCAACAGCUCUGCACUGCCAGCUGACGCCCGUGCAGCCAUAGCGACCAAUGACUGUCCCUUCAACACCACGCGCAUCUAUGACACAGCCCUGGCGCUCUGGUUCCCCUCCAUGGUGCUGGUGGCUGCAGAAGCUGUGCUAUCUGGCAGGUGUUGUUUGGUAGCCCUGAUCCUACAGGGCAUUGGCCCCUGUGGACGCACCUAUAGCAAAGACCAGCUGGUCAAGCCAGGUACACUGAAGGAGGGGCAACGCCUGGUUGGGGUGGCAGAGACUUGUGCCUAGUGGGAGGUGAUGAUGCAUGAAG